AUGCCUGAAAAACCCAAAUCGCGACCGUUAAGUGCCAGUCGUCAACGACGACAGCGCAAUCGUCGUUCAAGCUUGAAUAGUAAUAUAAGUUCACCAGAAACGAUCCAAGAUCCUGUAGAACUCCUCCCAGAAAGUACCAUCUUUUACGGUGGUUUGGAUCUUCGUUCGACAAAGGAAAAAAUUGAAAGUUUGGAAAAAGAAAUGGAACUACGAAAAGAUGAUUCAACGCUCGAAGAACAUCUACAGUCUCUUGUUUUGAUGCAAUUAUACACCAGUCUUGAGUAUGGUGAAGCAUCUCUAGAAAAUGCGCGUGCUUAUCUAAAUCUCGGUAGAUUUUAUUUCGACCAAAGAAAUUUACUGCCUCAAGCGAAAGUUCACAUUCUUAAUGCUCGUCAAAUCCUUGAACAAAUGAAUAUUCAACCAACGAACGAUCAUCUCGUGUCAAAUUUACUUGCAUACGAGAUUUACUUUCUAUUAAUUAAAUAUUCUUUACAAGCUAAACAAUAUCUGUCAUUACAACGUGAUAAUAAAACAAAAAACAAACAUAUUUUAGCCAUUGACACAACCCAUAUCGAUCAUGAUCUCAAUCGUCUUGAAGAAUAUCUUGAGAAGCUACAACCAUUAAUGAGCUCGUCCGACUACGAUGAGAAAUAUCGCGCAUAUCUAUUCAUUAAAUUUGACGCAGUUACGACUAAUACAAAAGAAUUUCAAUCCAGUGUAAUUGAACUUGUCAAAGCUAUGAUUGAAAUUUUGGAAAAAUACCCUUCAGAAGAUCAGAUCAAGCAAAAAAUCGACAUUUAUUUGCGUAGUGGAUUCUAUUUCAUCAACUUUAAUCAUGAUGUCAACGAAGGUUUGAAUUAUUACAAAAGAGCCGUUGAAUUAGCGGAAGAAGAAGAACAGCAUGCACCAUCGGAUGUACAUAAAUAUCAAUUAGGAAACGCUUUAUUCCAAUGGGGAAAGGCACGAGUGAGAACAGAACGUUUAACAGAUAAUACGGAAAGAAAAUUUCGACGUGCAAUCGAUGUGUAUCGACAAGUGAAUGGAGAAAAUGAUAAGAAUGUUCUGCGAGUAAUCGAUGAAUUAGCAACUUAUUACACGAAAAUGGAAAAAUUCCAGGAAGCGUUGAAUAUUCUUUGUGAAAGUCUUCCGGAUAAACGAAAGUUAUAUGGCGACUUCUCUGAAGAACUUAUUCAAACCGAAUCACGUAUAGGUGCUAUUUAUUUACGUGAAUGUGAAUAUUUGAAUGCAGCUGAGCAUUUGAAAGAAUGUCUUGAUCUACAAGAAUUUGUCUAUGGUCCAAAAGAUUCACGUACAUGUCAAACUCGCGAUGCAAUUGAAAUCUUGAAGAAGGAUCCAACUGUUUCUCGAACAUUCUUCUCUCGAACUCAUGAUGGUAUUCGGCAGGAUCGACCAGCAUUUCGCUAUUCGAAUAAAAUCUCGCAUGAAAAGCAAGAUCAUGAUCUAUUAUUCACUGUAACAAAAAAGCCACCGAGCGGUUCAAAAAAUUCAAGUUUUAUUGAUAAAUAA